AUGGCUUCGGACAGCCGCGCGACGGCAACGCUAGAGACGGAGACGGAGUUUGACCGUGAUUCACGCGCCAUCCGCGAGAAGGUGCUGAAGCAGGCGGAGGAGGCGCUCAAGGGGCGCGCGCGCGAGGGGGGCUCCGCUGCUGCUGGCCCCGCAGGCCCGCCGGGGAGCAAGAAGGAGGAGGUUUACAAGGGCAUGGCGGGCUACGCAGACCACACAGCCGGCUUCAGGCGAGAGCACACGGUGGCGAGCGAGAAGGCAACGGGUGCACACGGGCCUCUGCGCGCCUCCACACACAUCCGAUGGUCCGUGCGCUUUGACUACCAGCCGGACCUCUUCGUUACCAAGUGCCGGCACUACUUCUGCGAGCACUGCGCACUCAAGCACCAUUCGCGCAACAAGAACUGCUUUGUGUGCGAGCAGCCGACACAGGGAGUGUUCAACACGGCACAUGACAUCAUCAAGCGAGUGAAAGAGCGAGCCGCCAAGGAGGCCAAGGACAAGGAGGAGACUGCCAAGGGAGCAGGGAGCUCCAGACCAGAAGCUGCUGGUGGUGAUGACCAGCCGUCAUACACGGUCACUUCCAUGGAGGUUCUCCGCGUCGCUCGUCCUCCCGCCAGCCUGAUCGGCCCGUCCCUACAUUCGUCGACUGCUCAACCGACGCGCUCUCGACCCUCUCGCGACUUCUCUCUCCCACGCGCUCUCCCGAGAACGUUACCGCGAGUCACAUGUGGCGUACGGGAACCAGGGGUAGUGAAACAUGCAGCUUCCGCAGAUUCAGGCGGAUUUUCUGCAGCCGACGAGAUCGCAAGUGUAGAUGCCGGUGUUACGCCGAGCAGGCUUGAUAGACGAGCGUUCGUGGCAACUUCGCUCCUUUUUUCUCUGUCCGUGAAUGUCCAGAACGCCCUUUCAGAGAACCCGCAAGCAGAGGAACCCCAAGCGGACAGUCUCCGGCCGUACGAGGACCCGACGAGGCGCUUCGCCAUCCGGGUGCCGGCGGCGUGGGAGCAGCGCGACAAGGCGGGCGCGACGGCGUUCUUCGCGAGCCCCGAGCGGCGCGGCGACACGCUGGGCGUGGUGGUGAACCCCGUGCGCGUGCGAUCCCUGCGCGACUUUGGCGACAUUGACCUUGUAGCGACCCGACUGCUGGACGCAGAGCGACGCAAGGAGAGCACCAAGAGUGCGGAGAUCUUGUCGCAGAGAGUGAAAGAGCUGGCAGGGGGUAUCCCGCUGUACCAAAUAGAGUACGCACUCGCCAGCACCAGAGGCAGCAAGCGGAUAUUAACAGCAGUGACUGUAGCGGAUAGGAAGCUGUACAUUGUGAACAUUGCAGUGGCGGAUUCAGAGAGUGAGCCUGUGGAUCUCACCACCCUGGGAUUGCUCUGCAGAGCCCUGGACUCGUUUGCCCUGCUGGGCUGA